UUUCUGUCUCUAGAUUUGUCUUCUCUGCCUCUAGGAAUGCUGCGCAAAGCCCAACGCGCCCUCUCCCAAUCCCGUGCUCUAAGCGAUUCCGAAUCGGAGUCCGAGUCUGACGCGCCAUCAGAAGAAGAUGCAUAUCCAACCGAUGACGAACGCCCACGAUCAAGUACAGACAAAGACAAAGACAAAGACAAAGAACGCCUAGAUAAACACUCAAAACCGCGUAAAGACCUCGCCAAAAGAUCUAGCAAGCAUGCCCCUACCGAAAUAACCUCCAAACGCCCUGUCACCCGUCGACGAACAGUCGUCGAAUCCAAAGCACCCAUACCCCGAGACCCCCGUUUCCUGCACAUAACAGGCACCUAUGACCCCCAAAAGUUCAAAUCUCAUUAUACAUUCCUCUCCACGCUCCAUACCUCUGAGCUCAGCACCCUCCGCUCUAACCUUAGCCUCGCGCGAAAGCUGCUCUUAAACUCCCCAAAAGAACUGCGUGCAGCACGAGAGCGGGAAGUUGGAAGACUGGAGCUUGCGGUGAAGAGGGCUGAGAGUAGUGUCAAUAGGGAUAAGAGGGAGAAAGUGGAAAUGGAGGCGCUGGAUAGGGUUGGGAGGGAGGAGAGGGAAAAGAGGAAGAAGGGGAAGGCGGGGUGGUGGAUGAAGUCAGCCGAGAAAAAAGAACUGCUGAUGAAAGCUCGAUACGACGCCAUCGCAUCAAGUGGAGGAAAGCGUGCAGUAAAGAAAGCGAUAGAAAAGAAGCAGAAGAAACAGAGUCAGAAGGAGAAGAGAUCGCGUCCGUUUCCGGCUCCAGGUCGCACCCACUCGAACCCCAACGACGCCAGCAUCAGCACUGGUUCUAACAACAUCAACAUCGGAAGUGGAAGUGGACAGAAGCGCACACGAUCUACUCUAGACGAAGAAAGAACCCAGCCCUCGAAGAAACGCAGGAAAUUCUGAAUCUAAAUCUAUCGUACUAAUCUAAUCAAAAGGCACAUAUCAUUGUCAUUGUCAUUGAUUCGAUCCAUUAGAUCCUCGAAUGAUGGGAUACAAUGGGGGAUGGAUGGGGGUAUUAUCCACUGCUAAUUGGUAAGGUAAUGCCACAGCGGUCGUCCUC